UUCAUAGGUGCGUUGACAUUGAAUCGAAAAAACACGAUCAUCGACAGAUCACGACGAUCCACAUACGGCCCAGAUCGUCGUCAUCCAGGUCGGUGUCGCAUUCCGCCCGGGAGGUGAGCACCUCCGUCGUGGCCUUUAGUCCAACCCCAACGCAUACAUCAGCGUGUGCGAGCGCCGUCCGUGUGGGAUCAUUCAGUAUAGUCGCGACGGCGACGCCGCACCAGCAUCAUGUCCUCCAAUGUGUGGCCGUAUAACUGACAUCCAUUUGCAUUUUUCAAUUUCUACAUGUGGUCCGCAUGAAUCAUCUGCGCCGCUGAGUAUUUUGUUGGUUGUAUAAAUAUACAGUGUUUGGAACAAUGGGGAAUCAUCAUACGAAUGGACAUAAGCAUGCUGGAAAUGGUCAGGGGGGUGUAACGCCGGCGGAUGGGGGCGGUAAGGUGGGGGAGAGGGCUGGCAGCUCGAGUUUGAACUCCAGCAGGCGGAAUAGCAGCAUGAAGAGUUUGUCUAGGACUCAGUCGGGGAAUGAGAUCAGUGAGAGGGCUACCAGUUUAUUACCAGUGGAGAAACUUGCUAAGAUUUUGACGCAGAAGUCACAACAUGAGGAAAACAUCAAUGGCGUUGGUUUAGCGACAUUUACAAAAUAUUUAUUCCCACGUUAUCCGCUGCUGGCUGAAAAGCUCUAUCACUACUUCAUGGCGAACGGCAACGGCAAACACAACUACCUGACCACCGCCGCCUUCAAGCAGCAGUGCGACAAGCUCUUUGCGAUGAUGGACGACGACAUGAUCCGCGACUAUCUCGUGCGCAUGUUCGCCGACAAGGCGGACUCGGGCGAAGCGUACGUCAUCACGCCCGAAUCGUUUCAGAAGCUGCUCAUGUGCGCCUACCACGUGGCGAUGGAUCACUACUCCGAAGGGCCGCAGAUGUGUCUCAUGAUCAACAAAACUCUACGUUCUGUAGUCGACAGUUGCUUCCAUUCGAAGCAGCAACUCUCCGAACAAUUCGUCAGCCAUUGGUUGAAGGACAACGCACCGCGACUUGUCAUUCCGCUGCAUCGGUAUGCGGUGCAUUCACUGGCAACCUCACAUCGUAAUCUGGAAGAGAAUGGACCUAAUCUAGUCGCAGUCAAAGCGGAAACACAAACACAGGCAUCAGGUUUAGAGAUGGCGACACCUGUGCUGGAACACCCGUCGCCAUUCGGCGACAAACCGCCGCAUCCGCACUUGUUGCAGAUGAGCGCGUCAUGGUUGCUUGCAGGCGCGCUACCGCCGUUGUUCUCACGUCCGCAGCAAGCGCACUCGCCGAGUAACAGCGGUGUGGGUUUCUCCAGUGGUACGUACUUGGCGAAGUUUCUUUGCACGCUGCCAUCACACUGGAUUAACCUCUACGACUCGGAUGAGCAUGGCUUGGGUGCCAAUCGUUUUGCACAUCAUGUAUUGGCAUACAAAGGACCUACUCUGGUUUUGAUUCGGGUGGAAAGCGGGUUGGUGUUCUGUAUUGCUGCGCCUUGUGAAUGGAAAGAAUCACAUUUGUAUUGGGGCGGUGAGGAUUCAUGCGUUUUUCAACUGUUGCCAAAAUUUUGUUUGCUGGAGAAAGGCUCAAAGAUGCUCUACUUGAACACGCUUGUCAGAGGUUAUCCACAGGGUUUACGCGCUGGUACCAACCCCAGGGAGCCGAUUAUUACAAUCGACAAAGGUUUUGAGAAGUUUGAAUUUCGUAAAAUUCCCUACGCAUUGGAAACAAUCGAGGUCUGGGGCUGCGGUGAUCAAGCAUCCCGCGAGGUACAGCUGGAUAUAAAGAAGUGGCAGGUACGCGAAGCGGAGAAACAGCGCGCUGUCAAAUUGAGCGCCGCUGAUUGGCUGGACCAUCCCGAUCGCUAUCUGCUAGAACUCGCCGGGCGCCCGCAGUACCACCAGAAGCAGAACCAAUGAUCGCGCGUUUGAAACUCAUUCAUUGUGAUAUAACCCUAACACUUAGGCCUUAGCGGAUGGCGUGACGCAACGAACGCAACCAACUUUACACACUUGACGCGAUAUAGUAUUCUAUUCGAGCGGCAGUACUUAAUUUUUUUGUUUCUCUUCAUCAUUAUUAUUAUUUUUUCUCUUUUAAACAACGAGUAUUUCAUUCUUUAGUAUUGUUUUGCUUUGGUUUUAUUCUACGAGAGUACUUAAACGCAGGCGUCUCUGGCUUAGAGUCUAUAAACAAGCUGUAUGAUAAUAUGUGACUUAAUAAUUUAUUGUUACACGCAA